AAAUUUUCUUUGGUUUGGAAAUGUACCUCGAAUCUAUACACCCCCUUUACAGAAAAUGGUACAACCUACUUAUCAUAACCUUUGAUCUCUAGUGACCCACAUUUUGGAGAAGCACGACAUGUGCACGAAAUGAGAACAAACUUGUCUCUUAAAAUUCAACUCUUCAUAAGUGAGUGAGUGAUUCGUAAUAAUGUCUUGCGAUUCAAGUGAAGGGAAGUCUGAAGUGCGAACAUUUGGCACAGUACAGAAUUUGUUGUCUCGGCCAGAUGGAUCGGCAACGUUUACCCAAGGAGACACAUCGGUAAUGGCCGCAGUGUAUGGUCCUGGAGACGUCAGACAGACCAAAGAAAUCAUUGAUCGGGCAACAGUCGAGGUCAUAUACAAACCAACCGUUGGUAUGCCUGGUAUCAAGGAAAAGUUCCAGGAGGAGUUGAUCCGUAACACCUGUGGAGCAGUGAUCAUGACCACAUUACAUCCAAGGACAUCGGUUACCAUAGUAACACAAGUUGUACACGAUGCUGGAUCACUCUUAUCAUGCAGUAUCAAUGCAUCAUGUAUGGCUUUGAUUGAUGCCGGGGUACCAAUGAAGUGUCUGGUUGCCAGUGUGACUUGUAUGCUUGACAAGGAAAAGAGGCUGUUCCUAGACCCAACUGACAAGCAAACCAAGGAUGCAGCAUGUUGUGCCACGUUCGCUUUUGACAGCAGUAACAAAAAGGUCAUCACUUCAACAAUGCAAGGGUCAUGCACAGUCCAAGAGUACCAGAUGCUUUUGGCUUCUUGCCAAACAGCGAGUGAAAAAGUAUUUGAAUUUUACCGCUCAUCAGCAGAGAAAAGAUUCGCCAAAUCAUGACAAAGAGUCGAUGUCAGACUGUAAAGCAUUUCCAUUUCAACCUUGUUAACUUGUUUAAUUUGUUUUCCACACAAAAACUACAGUAAGUGUGGAAAUGAUUGUUUGACAGAAUACCUGUGUUGAACUUGUAAGCGUCCAGUUUUGGCUCACGGGACAUUGCAGAUGCUAGCAUCUCAGACUCGAAAGAAGACUAACUAGUGAUUUUUUGUUUUUUUCUUAUUCAUCUGAGAAAUGCAUUGUUUGCCUUGAUUAAAGGCUACUCACUUCAAAUCUCCCAAAGCCGUCUCCAUAUUGUCUAUACUUGGGCCUGGCUUAAUAGUAUAUUCAAAUACCAUGUACAUGUCUUCCAGCUUGAUACAAACUUAUUCCCAUCCUUCAAAUUUGAAGACAUGUUUCUUUUUAAAUAUUGUUGUAUAUUUCAUCAUGCUACUUGGCACACUGCAGUUGGGCAACUAAUCAGUUUAUGUAACUGACAUUAUUUUGGUUCAUUUAUAGCUGACUUUUUAUCUGCCUUUAUAAACUAAGUGCUCUGGGGGCAACUUUCUGUUAUGUUGGUUUACGAAAAAGGGUAAAUUUGUUUGGAGUUUCUUCACAGUAGGCUGUGAAAGUCCUGCUUGUAUUCAAUUGUUUUAACCCAAUGAAGUGUGUGGUUUUGUUUCUGGACGUCCUGUCCAUGUUAAAGUUAUAUAUGCCUACAUGAAAUUCAGUUAAACUGAGUUCAUUGUGUCUAAAGAACCAGUUAUGUUUCAGGUAGGCAUCAUGCCCAAGUUCAUAAGAGCUGCUGCAGUUAAGUAGACAGCUAUGCUUCACCAAUUUCUGUUGAGCAAAAUUAAGCAGGGCCCAAUUUCAUAAAACUGUUUAGCAGAAAAUGCAAAUAAAUAAUUGGCUACCUGUUGCAACAAUGAAUACGUCAUUGUGUAAUGGUUGGUAACCUGUUCCUGCUAAGCAUGAUUUUACUGUGCUUAGCAAGAUUUUGUUGCUUGCAGGAUUUAUGACAUAAGGCCCUGGAUACCAGUCGUAUCCCUGGAUACCAGUCGUAUCCCUGGAUACCAGUCACUUUUAUUUAUCAAUGUUGUAUUUGCUCAGCUCUUUUGUUUUUUGUUGCUACAAGCAUCUCUGUGAAAUUGGGUCAUGGGUUUUGAAAAAUUAAACAGGCAGAAUGAAGGAUAAGUGAAGGACAACAUGGCAUUGGAGCAUUAUCUUGUUGCCAUGUUUAUAACCAUUUUUAAUUUCUUAGCAACUGAAUAAACAAAACAAAAAUAUGAAAAUGUUUACUUUGCAACAUAAUUAAUAUUGUUGACUAUGGUAUAAAAUGUUUUCAUUGUCAAUGUUGAAAUGAGUUUGGUAAAUAGACACUUUGUCAGGUAGAAAGUUAAGGAGACAAUACGAAGUUCUUCAGUGCAUACUUUUUUUGUUUUAUUUAACGGAUGCACUUUUCCAGCUAUUUAUCACAAAACAAAAACUGCUAAUAAUUGUUUAAAAAAUACAACUAUAUCAGAUGUUCUUUUGUCAAAAUAAAUGUAUUUAAAUCUGGGCUGUGAAGGUUUUAUAGGAGAAGACUUAGAUCUAGAGAGACUUGAACAUUUGAUCAUCUACUCGACCCAAUCAGAAUACUAAAAGUGUUCUUUAUUAAAAGACAAAGUUCUAAAAGUGUUCUUCAAAAGAAAGAGUACUAAAAGUGUUCUUCAAGAGAAAGAGUACUAAAAGUGUUCUUUAUUAAAAGAAAUGGUACUAAAAGUGUUCUUCAUUAAAAGAAAUGAUACUAAAAGUGUUCUUCAAAAGAAAUAGUACUAAAAGUGUUCUUUAUUAAAAGAAAUGGUACUAAAAGUGUUCUUUAUUAAAAGAAAGAGUACUAAAAGUGUUCUUCAAGAGAAAGAUUGCGCAUGGCAUGUCAUCGUGCCAAGUAAAAAUACAUACCCUCCCCUGAUGCCC